CAAGGGACAUUUUGGGGAGAGAAACGGCACAGCAAGCGGCUGAUGAGACAAUAGCCGGUAGCUCACCGUCAACAAUAAUACAUAUCGUGCUUCGUGGUCUGUCGUCAUUCCAUCCGGUCUGGAACGUUCCGGGGUUUCCUUUUCGAGAUCGUUCAUCCUCAUCGGUGUGAUAUUUGACAGGUCCCUUUGUUGGGUGGAGUCACGUCCGCAAUUGUCUAUACUGGAAUCAUCACUGGCAUCAUUUCAGGUCAUCGUCAUGAAGGACAGUGUGGUCAACAACAACAGCAUCUCCCACGCCAGGAAAGCUGUGGAACAACUCAAGAUGGAGUCUUGUAUGGACAGGAUAAAGGUCUCCAAAGCAGCAGCGGAUCUGAUGGUGUAUUGCGAUGCCCACAUACGUGACGACCCCCUCAUCGUGCCCGUGCCAGCCUCAGAGAACCCCUUUAGGGAGAAGAAGUUAUUCUGCACCAUUCUCUGAUGCCCAGUAGGGGGCAGACCAGCCUUAGGCCGGGCCCUGUUUCAGGUGUGGAAUUACGCCUGGCGUCUCCUCUUCUGUCUUCACCGUACCUGAAGCUAACAAAACGCUGUGAAACUAACCAGGAAGUGAAUGCCCUUUCAGCCUUGUAAGUUUUCAACUUUUGUAGUUUUUUUUUAUGGUCUUCAAGCGCAAAAAAACGUACAUACAUUUUCUUCAUUAAAAAUAAUCUUCAUAAAAGGCAUCUGGUAGAAGUAAAUUCAAUCUUUAAGCCCAUUCAAAGCCCAGUAUCCGGAAGUGGUCUUGUCUUUAACAGUGAACUAACUACUACCGCUAGCUUAACAUCCUUCUGGCUACUGUUGAGUUGGCUUGAGGUUGCCAGACACUGUUGUUGGGCAGCUCUGUCCCAGGUGGCUGCAUUGGGGAGGGUUUAGAUACCUUUCCAUCUGGCAACCCACUGACCGCGUCUGCGUGUUCGUCUCCAGUGUCGUUUCAUUGGUUGGUUUGUUAUAGCUUCUUCUUCGUUGUUAGAGAGAAGCCUUCAUUAGUGCUUUAUGAUGAGAUUAUAUUUUUAUUAACAUGUCUUUUGUUUUUGUUUACACUAGCUUAUUUUAUUUACAUACCUCAGGAAACAAACACAAACCUUGGGAAUGUUUUUUAAAUGUAUUUCUAAAGCCCAGUAUUUUAUAUAAGAUUGAACCAACAUACCAUAUAGCAUGUUAGUCCCCACUAUCCAUUUCACAUUACCAUCAGGAAGGACAGAGAUGAGAUGGGGGAGGAGGGGAGAGGGAAAGGAGAUGGAGAG